GGCGGGCCGCGUUUUGGAGCAGCACAGCAGAGAGCCAACCUGCCUACAUGCUUAUUGUGUAAAUCUUUAAAAGGCAAUUAACCGCAGCAUCAUCUCAAACAAACUCUCCUUUACACACUAUCUGUGCAAUAUACAGAGUUUUGGGGAAGAGGAGUAGUCAGUCGUCUCAAAAAAGGCACCAUCGUCAUCCUCUAACCAUGACUGACAGGAAAGCUGUGAUCAAGAAUGCAGACAUGUCCGAGGACAUGCAGCAGGACGCGGUGGACUGUGCCACCCAGGCCAUGGAGAAGUACAACAUAGAGAAGGACAUUGCAGCCUACAUCAAGAAGGAGUUUGAUAAGAAGUAUAACCCCACCUGGCAUUGCAUCGUCGGGAGGAACUUUGGCAGCUACGUCACCCACGAGACAAAGCAUUUCAUUUACUUCUAUUUGGGCCAGGUGGCCAUCUUGCUCUUCAAGUCUGGCUGAGAAGUUUUCCGAUUGGUGUUGAAGAGUUUGUCUCCCUGAUCCUAAAUCGGAAAUGCACUGGUGGCUGAUGUCUCUCAUACACUAAUAACGACAUACCAUAAUGAUGCAAAACCGGCCGUGCGCAAUUGCAUGGACUAUACACUAUUUAAUAUGUAUGUUACAGUAAGUUUUCUUUUCAGUAGUUGCCAUUUGAAUGCAACUGAAGUAGUUUUUGUUGAUGCUGUUCAAAUUCUAGGUUGUAAAAGAUUUCAAAGUGGCCCUUGAUUGUAUAAAAACGGAAAGCCGUAAAAUGUAGUGGUGCAUCUGCUUUCCAUCACAAAUGGCAUUGCCAGCCCUGAUUAUAGGACUUCAUCCGUCAGUUUAGAUGGUCAAAUCACACUGCGUGUAACAGUUUAUCUAUUUUAACAUCAGUCAUGCAAUGAAGUCAGUAAAUGGGGCAAAGAAGUAGAAAGAGAUCCCUUAAGGCCAUCUUUGGUCUUCAGGAGAACAUUAAGCAUGAGAUCCCUUUAUUACAGAGUCUUACUAAUUUCAAGGAAACACGUUGGUUGAUUGCAAAACCUUUAAUGUUAAAAAUCUUUAUUUUGAAUAAUGUCUGACAGGAGGGUAAUUUAGCAUCCACUUUGAGAAAAAAGAUGUCAGCAUACCACAAGCUGGAACAAACACAUGCCAGUGCGAUCCUUUCAAUGGUGUUUUAGUUAGUCCGCUCUUGAUUUUUCACUGUGAAGGACAAUGGAGCAAAUAAAGCUCACACAUACUCGCAGAACGCCUGUAACGUCAGAGUAAUAACACCACAGACUGGUUACCAAAAUCUGCUACCUUCUCUACCUAGAUUUCAGUCUUUUAAAACUGUGUUUUGCAUGUUUUGAGGAUCUUCACCGUUUCAGAUGGCAUCAUGAGACACAAAUAAAAGCUCCUUUUGAAGCUUAAUAAUUGGUUUAACUAGUGUGUAGAUAUUUGAAUCAACGUGGUGUCUUGUCACAGUAAUUGCUAUAAAGCAGGGGAAGAAAAGUGAUUUUGACAAAAUCAUCUGCAGUCUACACUACCAAGACCCAUGUGUUUUAGAUGAUUGUCGUCUUGUUAGUUGCAUUAACCCACCGGCCUUUAUUUUAGCAUUGCUUGUGUCCUGCCAGUCAUGCAGGAAAGUAAAGAUGUUUUUAUCCAGGACUUCUGAGGAUACAGCAAACAGUGGUACUAUUUGUCUAGCUCCCUGAUUCAGGGUUUCUUUUUUGUCACGUCAAUAUAAUGACAGAUGGCAAUGCACAAAAUUUGGACUCUGAAGAAAUGUUUUCUCUGAGAGGGUAGCUCAAAGCGAAGCUGGAUAACACUUAACAUUUAUCAGUAAAGACUAAACUAGGUUUUAUUCUCCCAUAAUCCAACAAUGGUGAAUUGUGCGUCUCUGUGUUAGCUUGGAUCGACAUUGUCUUCCUAACUAUUGUCAAUGUAAACUGAUUUUAGUAUUGUUUUCCUCUGGCAUGUAUUUUUGCUGUGUAUAUGUAGGAGCUGUUCCAAUGCUAUUGAAUUUGCACAAAAUGUGUGCCUGUCAUUGCUCUCAACUGUAACUGGCUUGAGUACAAUUGCACUUCAUUAGAACUCUCCAGUAGGUUGCUACAGAACCAAAAUCGUACAAACUCGAUAAAAUAAAAACUAAUUGUUGACUUA